ACUGAGACGUUGACGUCGUAGCAACUAGCCACCACCUCCGCCCCUCUCAGAUUUGCUCCGCCAUUCACUUUGGAGAGAGAAACUCACCGCUGUGAGGGAGAGAGAGAGAGAGAGAGAGAGAGAGAGAGAGAGAGAGGGCUGCUCUUAGAACUUGGAACCUUCAUUUUCCGCAGCCUCAAAGAUUUUUGAGAUCGUGGUGUGGAUUUCACCGAUUUGCACUGUUACAUCUGCAUUGAUCCAGUCCUUGUUUGUUUCAAUCGCCGGUUGUGCCUUCAUUUUCACACAUAAACACCUUCAUUUUCCACUUUAUUGCGGACGUAACGUUCUGUUACGUGUGAUUUUUUGCUGCAAUUCGCGUUAGAUUUUAGUUCACUGCAAGUUUGUCUGGUUUGGCGAGGUUAGGUUUUCCUAGAGCGAGAACCUUUUUUUUUUUUUCCUAGGGAGAAGAAAUUUGGUUCAGCCUACACCGAAAAUUGCGAAGAUCUACUGCCAUUGAUUUGCGCAGGCUCUGAGGUCGAUGCAUUUUCGGAUUUCGAAGAGUCUUGUCAGAAAUGUUUGGAUCCUACCACGACAGAAAUGCAGAAUAACCAGGCACCAGCGAAUUUCUGAUUUCUGACGCCGAGGUCGCUCGGAUUCCGUGAUAUGGUCCAGAAGAUAAAGUUUUAGCUGCAAAGGCCACAACUCUACUCGAGCAUUUUUAACUUUCACUUUUGCAUUUUUUAUAGACAUGGGUUCCAUUCGUUUUAAUUGUGAGCUGUGGGCUUGAGAAGAACAAAAGGGAAGGGUGGAAAUGGGGGCAAUUGGGGGUGAAGAACUGAUGAGGUGGGAGAAGAUGCAAAUGGGUGCUAGUGGCAAUGAGGAGAAAAUUCUUGUUUUGGUGAGGUUGAGGCCUUUGAGUGAGAAAGAGAUUGCAAGGAAUGAGGUGUCAGAUUGGGAAUGUAUCAAUGACACCACCGUUUUGUUCAGGAACAGCCUACAGGAACGGUCUAUGUUUCCAACUGCCUAUACAUUUGACAGGGUAUUCCGGAGUGACUGCUUCACAAAGCAGGUGUAUGAGGAAGGAGCCAAGGAAACUGCUCUUUCAGUUGUUGGUGGUAUUAACUCAACUAUUUUUGCAUAUGGGCAAACAAGCAGUGGAAAGACAUACACUAUGAUUGGAAUAACAGAGUAUACUGUAGCAGAUAUAUAUGACUAUAUACAGAGGCAUGAAGAAAGGGCAUUUGUCUUGAAGUUCUCUGCAAUGGAAAUCUAUAAUGAGGUUGUUAGAGAUCUUCUCAGCACAGAUAGCACUCCACUAAGGCUUUUGGAUGAUCCAGAGAGAGGAACUAUUGUGGAGAAACUCACAGAGGAAACUCUAAGGGACUGGAAUCAUCUAAAAGAACUCCUUUGCAUUUGUGAAGCCCAAAGGCAGACUGGGGAAACUUCCUUCAAUGAAAAAAGCUCCAGAUCUCAUCAAAUUCUUAGAUUGACAAUUGAAAGUUCUGCUCGUGAGUUCUUAGGCAAGGGAAAUUCAACUACUCUUGCAGCUAGUGUGAAUUUUGUAGAUCUAGCAGGGAGUGAGCGUGCAUCUCAAGCAUUAUCUGUUGGAGCAAGAUUGAAAGAAGGUUGCCACAUCAAUCGUAGUUUGUUGACUCUUGGAACAGUUAUACGCAAGCUAAGCAAGGGAAGACAUGGACACAUCAAUUAUAGAGAUUCUAAAUUAACACGCAUAUUGCAACCAAGCCUGGGAGGCAAUGCUAGAACUGCCAUCAUUUGCACUGUGAGCCCGGCACGCAGUCAUGUGGAGCAAUCCAGAAAUACUCUUUUUUUCGCUAGCUGUGCAAAGGAAGUGACAACUAAUGCAAAGGUCAAUGUUGUCAUGUCUGACAAGGCCUUGGUAAAGCAUUUGCAAAAAGAGUUGGCUAGAUUGGAAAGUGAGUUGAGAAGUCCUGCUCCUGCUUCUUCCACAUAUGAUUAUGGGGCAUUACUGAGAAAGAAAGAUCUUCAGAUUGAAAAGAUGGAGAAAGAAAUAAGAGAACUGGCUAAGCAACGGGAUCUUGCGCAAUCUCGGGUUGAGGAUUUGCUGCAAGUGAUUGAAAAUGAUAAAGCCUCAAGACAAUGGGUUGAGAUUAGUAGUCAGUCUACUUGGCAAGCGGGGUAUACAUGUGAGGAUGAAUGUUCAGUGUCAGAAUCAUCAGAUGUAGCUGAUUCCAGUUGUCUGGAUGUAGGUGUUGGGAAGUUCAAUACAACUCAGUAUUCUGAUGAAGUUGCUAGCGACAUGCCUGAGGGGCAGAAUCAGCAAUAUCCAGAAAUUACUGAAGAGCACUCUCUUUCUGAUGAUAACUCUUCAAUGCCCCAGUCCGACCGGUUUCAGGUUCAGGAUAUUGCACCGAGAACUGGAGAAGAUCCUGAUGAUCUCUACAAGGAUGUCCAGUGUAUUGAGAUGGAAGAGUCCAGCGAGGGGAAGAAUUUUGAAUCACUUGCUUUGUUGACUGGUGAAAGUGAAGGAGUGCCGGCUUUAACAGUGUCUGGCAACAGGGAUGUUGCAGAACAAGGAAUGAUUUCAACACCUCUGAAGGGAGAUAUAGAAGUUAGCCAGGUCCAAGCUGAUUUCACAUAUGGCUCCAUGGAGCAGAAAAUUCAUGAUGUACAGAAGGCUAUUGAUUCUCUUGUCAGUCCAUAUGCUGACAAAUCAUCUCCCCAGGCCCUGGCAAGAGAUAUGUCGAGUUGUAGAAGUUUGAAGUUAACAAGGAGCUGGAGCUGUGGAGCGAAUAUCAUGACUCUCUCAUCUUCUCCCUGCUCCGACAAGGCACAACGGAAUGUUAAGACCCCAGCUAAUGGGUUUGAGAGGGACUUUCCUGGGAGACCAGAAGGCAUGCAAAGGAAGUUCCCUUCUCUAAAAUAUGACACUAGCUUUUCAAGGCUGUCCAGAAAUGAUUCUCAGUCUUCUGCUGAGAGUGCUUUCAUGGAUGGGCUAAAAGUGCAGGACACCAAAAAUUCUGCUGAUGAGGAUAUUACUAGUGUCCAUACUUUUGUUGCAGGAUUAAAGGAAAUGGCAGAGCUUCAGUAUAAGAAGCAAUUUGUUGAGGGUCAGGUUCCAGGGGCUGGAAAGAAUGUAAGAGAUGUAGGACUGGAUCCCAUGCAGGACGCAUUGGAAGAUUAUCCAGAUUGGCCCCUGGAAUUUGAGAGGCAGCGAAGCACCAUAAUUGAACUCUGGCAAACUUGCAAUGUUUCCUUGGUCCACCGGACAUACUUCUUUGUGCUGUUCAAAGGUGAUCCUGCGGAUUCCAUUUAUAUGGAGGUAGAGCUUCGUAGACUUUCCUUCCUGAAGGAAAUGUUUUCACGGGGGAAUCAGGCUGUGGAAAAUGACCAGACCCCAACACCGGCUUCAAGCAUGAGAGCUCUACGUCGUGAGAGAGAGAUGCUGUGUAAGCUGAUGCAGAGAAGGUUAUCGGAGGGAGACAGAAGGGCACUCUACCAGAAGUGGGGCAUUGCAUUGGACACAAAGAGGAGGAAGUUGCAGCUGGUGCAACGCCUGUGGAGCGACAUAAAGGAUAUAAACCACAUAUCGGAGAGUGCUUCCCUUGUUGCGAAGCUGGUCAGGUUCUCUGAGCAGGGGCAGGCCCUGAAGGAGAUGUUCGGGCUUUCCUUCACAUCCCCAUGCCCAAGGAGGAGAUCCUAUGGCUGGAAACAUAAAGCUUCUUUCUAGUAAGCUUCUUUCAUGGAUGCGUGCAUAUAUAGAGAUUUGACUGUAACAAUUUCUUUUUAAUGAUUCAAACUGCUCACAGAAAUCAUCAAUUUAUGUCUAUACCGAUGCUAUGUUCUGAUUCAUGUUGUACUACUUUUUUCCCCAUUAAUAUAUGGAAUUAUGGCCUUGUGGUGUGUA